UAAUCACAAACGUUGAAAAGUUUUCCAUCUCUUCAGAACGUGUCAACAGACAUGAAUCAGUCAAACUUCACUUUAUUACAAUGAACACAGUGUUAGUUAGGCUGCACAGCAUGCUAUGUAGAGGUAUUGCAUGUUUGUCGCCCCAUGCAGAAAGUAAAAAACAACAUCACACACCUAAAAACAGAAGGUGUGGUGCAUAAGGAGACACUGAGGUGUGAAGCAAUGUCACAGAGAACUGAUCAAACUGGCGCAGAGCUUAGAAAAAUAACAGCAGUAUGAAAACAAAAAGGCUACAGUUAUGUGGUUGUCGUUGGUUACACCCUGUCUUCACGCCUCCGUACGCUGCACAUACCUGAGACGAAAGACUGGACAAAAAGUUUGAGAUGGUGAGCGACGAGAGAACAGAAGGUGUGUGCUGUGGGCGGAGACAGUUUUGGGUGUCACACAUUCUCCAACAAGGACGAUCUGAAGUGUGAAGCCAGGGUUUCACACCUGGCACUGCCUGAGUGAGAAGCACACCUGUGAUCCAGACAGCUGACCUUUUACAGCUUUUCCAAUCAACAAUAUGAGCGAAUCAGCAGAGGCUUUGGCUGCCAACCUCACAAGCCGAAGAAAUGUCACCAUCGAGAUCUCCAACCUCACCAAUAACUACUGCUUAGUGGAUCCCAAGGUUUUCCUGGAGAACGGCAACUGCCACAGCCCACCCCAACCCACCGUACGCCCACUGAAAACUGAAGUCUGCAACUUCAGCAAGACCAGCGCCAAAGCCUCUGGUGCAGUGGGUGUCCUGACCUAUGACCUGUUUGAGAGGCAAAGCAACAGCGCCAAGGAGACAAUAGCUAUAAUGUUCUCUGUGCCCUACGACUAUAACAUGUACAAGAACUGGCUGGCAGUGGGAAUCUACAAUCAGGGCAAAGAGUGCAACGAGGCUCUGUACAAAGAGAUGUAUUACAACAAAGAGCAGCAAGGCUUUGUUCGGGAGGAGGCCAAUGGUUGUGGGAUCACGUAUGAGGGACCCAACCUGGACAUCAAAGCUACCAUGUCCCCUAUGGGCAGGGCCAUUAUGAAGGUGGAGGUGUGGGACAAGCUCUUCUCUCCCCAGAUGCACCAACAAUACUAAGCUGGUGAUUUAUUUUUGUCAAUGUAAUCCAGUUUGAGAAACCGGUGUGUAGUGUUACCUAUGUUUAACCCUGUGUGCACCUGUGCUAUUGUACCAUCUGUUCAAUAAAUCCAUGAGAAGUGUGAAGUGACAAAA